AUGAAAACAAAAGAAGAAAAAUUAAUACAAUAUUUAUUUCCAACAAAAAAGAAGAAUAAAACUACAAAUGAUAGUAUGGAUGAGAAACAAAAAUAUGAUAGACGUUUAUUGGCAUUUCUAUCAUCAGAUAAGCUCGAUGCAACAUUGUAUCGUCGAAUUCUACUACAAAUACCAACAAAAAUAAUUCCACGUAUGGCUAAUCCACUUCUUCUAGCUGAUUUUUUGACUAGUUCAUAUGAAACACAAAAUAAUGCAUCAAAAAUUCUUGCACUACAUGGUUUAUAUAUAUUAAUGACACAAUGUAAUCUUGAAUAUCCAUUCUUUUUUGGUAAACUUUAUUCAUUAUUAACAAUUGAUUUAUUUAAUGCUAAAUAUAAAGCAAGAUUUUUUUAUUUACUUGAUAUAUUUUUACAAUCAUCACAUUUACCAGUAAAUUUAAUUGCUAGUUUUGCUAAACGUCUUGCUCGAUUAUCUCUAUUAAUACCACAACAUGAUCAAUGUUUAAUUAUAACAUUUAUAUAUAAUUUAAUUAUAAGACAUCCAACAAUUCGAAUCAUGAUUAAUAGACAACAAACUCAAUCAAUAGAUUCAAAUAAAGAUAUUUAUUCAUCUAAAGAACUUGAUCCAAACAAAACAAAUGCUAUUGAAAGUUCAUUAUGGGAAAUCGAAUCUCUUACUCAUCAUCAUCAUCCAGAUGUAGCAACAUGUGCUCUGACAUUAAUGUCUCUUCGGAAAAAAAACAAUGAACGAGAUAUCCAUCAAUUACUUGAAAUUGAUUAUGAUGAGAUGUUCGAACAUGAUUUAAAUCGACCAAUUCGAUCCGACAAGAAAAAAGAUAAAACAAAAAAUUCUGAAUGUCCAAUCAAUUUCAAUAUGACUGUUAGUUUGUUUGAUUGA